GAGCGUGUGCUCGAGCGGUGGCUGGUUGCGGAGCUCUUUCCCUGCUCUCUGGCUCCCUCUGCCGACGGAACAAGCGGUGGCCCAGAGCACGUUGGCGAGCACAAAAGACGGCCGCUUUCUUGAGCAGUUUCGUUGCAAGCGGGGGAGCCAAAAAAAAAAAAUUACGGAAAGUUCUCUUUGCCGCCCAUGAUGAUUCAGUUCACCGCCGAAAACCACCGUUUGAUACUGAACGACGGGAACGCGAUCCCGGUGCUAGGACUUGGGACUUACGCGGAUCCCGAAAAGACUCCAGAAGGCACUUGUGCUGAAUCAGUGAAAACAGCCGUUGACGUUGGUUAUCGUCAUAUCGAUGGGGCUUUUGUGUAUCACAACGAACAUGAAGUUGGACAGGCCAUACGGGAGAAAAUUGCAGAGGGGAAGAUCAAGCGUGAAGACAUAUUUUAUUGUGGCAAAUUGUGGAAUACGUGCCACCCACCAGAAUUGGUGCGUCCAACUCUGGAGAAGACCUUAAAAAUUUUACAGUUUGACUACGUUGAUCUCUAUCUUAUUGAACUGCCGAUGGCUUUUCAGCCUGGAGAAAACCUCUAUCCUAUAGAUGAAAAUGGAAAAUGGCUAUACCAUAAAACAGAUCUAUGCGCCACAUGGGAGGCUUUGGAAGCAUGUAAAGAUGCAGGCUUGGUGAAAUCUAUUGGUGUAUCCAACUUCAACCGUAGGCAGAUGGAAAUGAUUCUGAACAAGCCAGGUCUGAAGUACAAACCUGUCUCCAACCAGAUUGAAUGUCAUCCAUACUUCACCCAACCCAAACUUUUAGAAUUCUGCAAAUUGCAUGAUAUUGUUCCUGUUGGGUACAGUCCACUUGGCACAUCAAGAGAUGAAAAAUGGGUAAAUAUGUCUUCCCCUCCACUCCUGGAUGAUCCCCUGCUAAAUGCCAUUGGAGAAAAAUACAACAAGACAGCAGCUCAGGUGGCCCUGCGCUUCAACAUUCAGCGUGGAGUGGUGGUCAUUCCAAAAAGUUUUAACCCAGAGCGUAUUAGAGAAAACUUUCAGAUCUUUGACUUUUCCCUCACUGACAAGGAAAUGAAAGAUAUAGAAGCUCUGAAUAAAAAUGUCCGUUAUGUGGAGCUGUUAAUGUGGAAAGACCAUCCAGAGUAUCCUUUCCAUGAGGAGUACUGAAAAAUAUGGUGCAUUCAAGAGCAUACGCUCAAUUGUAGUGAUCUCAGCUAAUACCUUAUAUAUUUGUAUCUAGUAGUUCUUAAGUCAUGUAACCCAAUCCAACCCUUAGUGCUACAUCGUACAUGGUAAAUAUAGAAAAUAAAGCACAUUCAUAAAAAAUAUUU